AUGCUGGGGAGAAGAAUGUUCCUUUCACUCCCGACGCUCACGGUCCUCGUCCCCCUGAUCUCUCUCACAGGUCUGUUCUACUCAGCCUCCGUGGAAGAGAACUUCCCCCAGGGCUGCACGAACACAGCCAGCCUGUGCUUCUACAGCCUCCUCCUGCCCGUUACCAUCCCCGUGUACGUGUUCUUCCAUCUGUGGACCUGGAUGGGCAUUAAGCUAUUCAGGCAUAACUAAGGCCACAGCGCUUGAGGGCGUGCACACUAACAUUCACCCAGUAAUCGCUUCAGGCAACUGCCUCUCGAGACUCACUCCGGAAAUGGCAGGAACCCACUUCACUCACAGGAAAGAUGCUCUGCCUUGCUUUUGUGAGAAGCUUUUUUUUUUUUUGGGGGGGGGCUACAGGAGAUUAAGGCUAUAGAAAGCACUAUUGUAUUGUAUUUUUGUAAAUGCAGUAUCAGAAAAGGCAUUUCAACAGAGUACUUGUUGGGAUUUAAUAGACUCAGGUAUUUUCUCAUGGCUUUUUUUUUUUUCUUGGCCCAUCCAUCUAAAAGUUAGUAGUUUGACUUUUUUAUGUUUGUAUAGAUUCAAAAGCUUUGAUUAAGCCACAUAUCUUAAGACUGAAAUAAUUUUCAGAGAUAUAUUUGAGCUAAUGUUAUAUAAGACUAUACAAUGAAAUGGAAAUUUCACGUCCUUGCAAAAAUUCAGAAGUAAUUUCGUUGGUUUGUUUUUUUCCUGUGAAAAUGCCUUCAUUUCUUGAUCAUCAGACAUUAUUAAAAGAAGAUGUUGGUAAUUUUUAAUUUUAA